UUAUAGGUAUAUACUGUGUAUAAUAAUAUACGCGUUUCGCGGCGAACGUCAAUCGUGUGCGACAAUAAUAAUAUACUUUACAAAAAUUGUACGAAACAAACACUACAUAAUAUAUACGAAUAAAGGUCAAACAAAACUCGACGAAGCAGUGUCGCUAACGAAGUCGUCAAUCAAUCAGUCAUGACCGCCGCCAUGAUCUUGGUCAAUUGGAAGCCGAUGGACGUCGGAUGUCUGGCCGCGGGCCCGCGAAAACCGUUGCCGCAGCGGCCGCCCGGAUGCUGUCUGAACGGCCGCGCGGCGUACGCCCACCGGCCGUCCCGGCCCAGGCCGCCCACGCCGACGCCGAUCACGUCGCCCAUCAUGAAGCGCAAGUUCCGCGAGGCCCGCCUCCGGCUGAUGCGCAAGAUAAAGCUGGCCGCCGGCGACACGGGACGGAUCCACGCGAGCGUGCAGUGCGCCCGCGGCCCGACGCAACCGCAAACGCUGUCGCGGGGCGUGCAGGCGGCCGCGCAGACGGACCUGUCGCCGGGCUACUUCAGCAAGCCGCUGGAGGCGGUCGUCAAGUGCAAGACGGGCCUGGACGCGGACACGCAGGUCACGUACGGCGACCUGCUGGACUUCGAGACCGAGGUGGCCCCGCUGGCCAAGGCGCUGGCCGACGUCGUCCUGGAACAGGCCGUCGGCGCCGUCGCGUACGAGGACGACGCGGCGGCGCUGAGGCGCGAACAGGCCGUCUACGUGGCCAAGCGCCGGGCCGAGCGCAUCGAGCUGGACCGGCUGAACCGCUUGGAGGCCGGCCGCCGGCGCUGUGGACUGCGCGCGCUGGCGCUGGCCGAGCGCGCGGCGCCCGGCCCCACGUUCCGGGCCGUCCACGCGCGGGCCUUGGCCGGCCACUACAUGGCCGGUCUGCGGGCCGAAGCCCUGGGCCAACUGCAGGCGUCCGGCUAUCUGACCGCCGACGACCAGCUGGCCGGUUGGAUGCAAGACCGGUUCCGCGGCUACAGCGCGCGCCGCGACCGCAACGACGUCCGCCUGGACGAGAUCGUCCACGACGUGAUCGCCAACCGACCGCAGACGUACCGACGGCUCGAAAAACGCCAUCCGCGCUUCAAAGACGCUCCGCCGGAAAUAGUACCGGACGUUACGUUCUCGGACGCCAUACUUUCGGACGAGAUCGCUUCCGGACGUUCGGACGACGGCCAUGGCGACGACAAUGACGACGACGUCGAUAACUUUUGAUAAGUGUAUAGGUACUUGUACAUAGUACGUAUUGUACGUACAACGACGACGCGCUAGUGAUCGAUUGAAAUUAAAAAAUGAAAUAAAAACCAUAUGAUAUAAUAUUA